CCCGGAACGUCCGUGACAGCUGCGCGGGUCACCCGGACGGUUUAAGAAGAGGGACAUACCGAGGGCAAGAUGGCCGCUGCCAUGGCGGGUUCACGUGGGGAGGCCGAGGCUGCCGGAGCCGAAGUCGAAGAGAGCGGUUCUGAGUGCAGCUCAGGCAUUCCAGAGGACAGCUUCUCUUCAGGGGGUGAAGAACUUGAUGGCGAUGAUGAGGAUGAGCCUCAGACCCCAGACACGAAAGCCAAAGAUGCUGGAAAUGCUGGCUGGGCUGAUGCCAUGGCAAAAGUGCUCAGUAAGAAAGUUCCCCAGAGUAAGCCCACCAUACUGGUUAAAAACAAAGAGCGGGAUAGGGAACGAGAGAAGGAAAAGCAGGAGAGGCUGGAGAAGAGGAGAAAGCUUGAUAAAAAGCGGGAGUGGGAAAUGAUGUGCAGAGUGAAGCCAGAUGUUGCGAAAGACAGAGAAAUGGAGAGAAGCCUUCAGAGAAUUGCCACGAGGGGAGUCGUUCAGUUAUUUAAUGCUGUCCGGAAGCAUCAACAGAACGUCAGUGAGAAGGUGAAAGAAGCAGGGAGUUCCGAAAGAAAACGGGCAAAAUUGAUCUCCUCCGUUUCAAAGAGAGACUUUAUCAACGUAUUGAGAGGAAUGGAAGGGAUGGAAACGGAGCAAAAAGCUGCCAGGAAGACCUUGAAAAGCGAACAGGAUGAAUCUAGAUCGGAAGAGGGACCGGCCUGGAGUAUAUUGCGAGACGACUUCAUGAUGGGAGCUUCCAUGAAAGACUGGGAUAAACAGAGUGAUGGGGAAAACGCUGUUGGAGAAGACAGUGGAAUCAAGGAGGAGAGUGAAAGUGACUCAGACCGUUGAAAUCCAAAGCGGUUCAAAAACUAGUGGGUUUUUUUGGGGUGGUGGUUAAUAUAAAGAUUCUUGGUUCAAGGAAGGAUGCCUUUUUUCUUACAGACGGUCUCUUUGAAGGUUGAAGGGAAACUUGUUUUAACAAAGCAUCGUCCAACAAUCCUGAAAUCUCUAAAGAUGUCUAAUUUAUACAUAUUUCCAAAACAAAGCUGUAUAGUCAAAACAGCAGCACCUGCCCAGUCGGAAAAAGGGAGGGGUUUUUGCCAAGGUCUCUAUGAGUUUAAAUAUUAACAUGAUGCUUGCAUUUCCACCUCUCUGUUUGUAACUUGGCUAGGUGUUUAUCAGUUCAUAAAAUAAAACAGUGAACUACCCUUA